AUGGAAGUGUUGGCAGUAGGCAAUAUGAGGUUAGUUGAAGAAGGCGUUAUGGUUAGUUGGGCAAUUUGGAAUGCUCGGAAUGAGAUGCUUUGGAAUGGUAAAAGUUGUAGUGCUGCUGAUGUUGUUUGGCUGGCUAGAACCACUCUCCGACAAUGGAAGUGUGCUCAGUCUAAGCGGCUGGACUCGAUUUCCCUGUCUUCCAAUCGCACUGACACAAGAGAACGCUGGUCCAAACCGACUGCUGCACAAUUAAAAAUUAAUGUGGAUGGGACAGUUUUUAAAGACACAAAUAAGAUUGGUACUGGUUUUGUAGCACGCGACUGUAACGGUCGAAUAAUUGAGGCGUUUUCAACUAUUUCUUCUGUCAGUUGCCGACUCAAAAUUGCAAAAAUUCUAAGUGUCAAAGAGGCACUUAGUUGGAUAAAGAGGAAUAACAAGUCAAAUGUUAUUUUAGAGACGGAUUGCAUUUUAGUUGUUCAAGUUAUUCUUAGUUCGGUAUUUAUGCCUUCUAUUUUUGGUCUAUUUGUUCAAGAUUGUCAAUUUAUUUUAUCUUCUUUAAGUAAUGUUUCUAUUGGUCAUGUUAAACGGUCUACUAACAAAGUCGUGCACUGUAUGGCACGUGGUGCUUGUUAUUGGUCAGGUCGUCGUUUUACUAAGAGUGAUGUUCUCCUUGCUCUUCAGGCAUUUAUAUUAGCGAAUGUUUCUAUCUAA